AUGGCACCUCUCCUGGAGCAUGAAAAUCAAAUCUUUCUGGAUCUAUUCCAUGAAGAUGGUCUUGUCAUCACUGCUCGGGGACUCGGUAUUGACAGAAUCUUGCAGAACAUCUUGAAACUUUACUGUGAUCCAGGAAAUCUUGUAUUAGUGUUGAAUACUAAUACAGCAGAGGAGGAAUAUUUUCUUGAACAACUCAGGGCAGAAGGAGUCAGUCAUUUGCCUCGAAUCAUCAACAAUGAAGUAGGCAGUAAUGAGCGAUAUGAUGUGUACACACAGGGUGGUGUGUUAUUUGUUACUAGUCGUAUCCUUGUUGUGGAUUUUCUUACUGACAGGAUUCCUGCCAACCUUGUAACUGGU